AUGGUGGCGCUGAGUGACGACCCGCGCACGACGUGCCGGGCGUCGUCCACGCUGGACCGCAACAAGCAGCUCUACGGCGCUGCGAACAUGCUGUCGACCGACCUGUCGAGCUGCUGGAACUCGGCGCAGGGCAGUCCGCAGCAGGUGCAAGUGCUGUUCCACCGCGCGGUGGACGUCUCCGCCCUCUGCGUCAUGUUCCAGGGCGGGUUCGUGGGUCAGGACGUGCAGGUCCACGUGAGGAGAGCGGGCGGAGGAGCAUCCGGGGCGCAGUGGGAACUCGUGGACGUGGACGUCGACCCGGAGGACGCGAACGACCUGCAGGAGUUCCCGUGUGAGCUGAGCCAAGUGGAGGCCAUCGCGCUCACGUUCCAGCGCAGCACCGACUUCUACGGACGCGUGGUCAUCUACCGCCUGGAAGUGCGCGGAGUUGAAAUGGAGGCAACAAGGCAACUGAGAUAG